CUUCCCACAGGACUCUGGCCUCGCUUCAACACCGCCUCGAAACUGAGACAUCUCCCUGAAGCUCAAGUUCCCUUCUGCAGAAGGAAGGUACGCUUUUGAAACCCUAGACCUCACCUCAUUUCACUGACUGAUUGAAGCGUCAGAACUGCAAAGGAGCUGCUUUCGGCACUUACACACGAUAGGCUUAUCCAUGGCAGUUGAGUUUUAGUUGUUAGGUGAUUUGAGUGCUGCUGUUGGAGUUCAAUGGGAAAAGGGAAACCUAGGGCUGUGGAGAAAGGCGUGUUGAGGCAAAACCUCGGAGCAUUAUCGUCUUCCGGUGUAAAUAUACCAUCUGGGCCUGUCUAUUACCCUACAGAAGAGGAUUUCAAGGACCCUUUAGAAUUCAUAUGCAAGAUCAGACCCGAAGCCGAGCCUUAUGGUAUUUGCCGAAUCGUCCCGCCGAGCAGCUGGAAACCUCCCUUUGUGUUGGACCUGAAUUCGUUCACGUUCCCCACGAAAUCGCAGGCCAUUCAUCAGCUGCAGGCUCGUCCUGCUUCUUGUGAUUCGAAGACUUUCGAGUUGGAAUACAAUAGUUUUCUAGAGGAACAUUGCGGUAAGAAGGUUAGGAAAAGGGUGGUUUUUGAAGGCGAGGACUUGGACCUCUGCAAGUUGUUUAAUGCGGUGAAGCGAUACGGAGGAUUCGAUAAGGUGGUAAAGAAGAAGAAAUGGGGGGAGGUUUUCCGUAUUCUAAGGCCCAAUGUAAAAGCUUCGGAGUGUGCAAAGCAUGUGUUGUCUCAGUUGUACCGUGAGCAUUUGUAUGACUAUGAGACUUAUAAUAACCGACUACAUAAAGGUAAGGGUAAGAGCUGUAAGAAGAGGUAUCUAGGAGAACGGAAGAGUGAAAACCAGAGAGAGUCGUGUGGUUCGAAAAAGAGGCGGAGGAAUAAUGCUGGUGAGAAAGUUAGGGUUUGUGAGGCAGAGGAGGAGGAGGAUGAGGGGGUCGGUCAAAUUUGUGAACAAUGUAAGAGUGGAUUGCAUGGGGACGUGAUGCUCUUGUGUGACAGAUGUAAUAAAGGUUGGCACAUUUAUUGUCUUUCACCUCCACUGAAGCAAGUUCCACCUGGGAACUGGUAUUGCUUUGGUUGCUUAAACUCUAACAAGGAUAGCUUCGGUUUCAUUCCUGGAAAGCAAUUAUCAUUGGAAGCCUUCAGGCGUGUGGCUGAUCGGGCCAAGAAAAAGUGGUUUGGGUCUGGACCCAUUUCUAGGGUACAAGUAGAGAAAAAGUUUUGGCAAAUUGUAGAGGGAUCAGUUGGAGCGGUUGAGGUAAUGUAUGGGAGUGAUGUGGAUACUUCAGUGUAUGGGAGUGGUUUUCCGCGUACUUUUGACCAGAGACCUGAGUCGAUUGAGCCUACUGUAUGGGAUGAAUAUUGCUCCAGUCCUUGGAAUCUUAAUAACUUGCCUAAGUUGGAAGGGUCAAUGCUUCGAAAGGUUCAUCACAAUAUUGCUGGUGUUAUGGUCCCUUGGCUGUAUGUAGGCAUGCUGUUCUCAGCCUUUUGCUGGCAUUAUGAAGAUCACUGUUUCUAUUCAAUGAACUAUCUUCACUGGGGAGAACCAAAAUGCUGGUAUAGUGUUCCUGGUAGUGCAUGCAAUGCCUUUGAGAAGGUGAUGAGGAAAACCCUUCCCGAUCUUUUUGAUGCUCAACCUGAUCUCCUCUUUCAGCUUGUUACAAUGUUAAAUCCAUCUGUGUUACAAGCAAAUGGGGUUCCAGUUUACAAUGUCGUUCAGGAGCCGGGAAACUUUGUUAUCACAUUCCCCAGAUCAUUCCAUGGUGGCUUUAAUUUUGGUUUAAACUGUGCAGAGGCUGUGAAUUUUGCUCCUGCUGAUUGGAUUCCGCAUGGGGGAUUUGGGGCAGAGCUAUAUCGGCUUUAUCGUAAACCUGCUAUCUUAUCUCACGAGGAGCUCCUCUACGUUGUUGCUAAGAGUAUCUGUGAUGGCCAAAUAUCACCUUUCCUGAAGAAAGAGUUGCUUAGAAUAUAUAACAAGGAGAAAACUUGGAGGGAACGGCUUUGGAAAAGUGGCAUCAUAAGAUCAUCUCCUAUGUCCCCGAGGAAAUAUCCUGAAUUUGUGGGAACAGAGGAGGAUCCAACAUGCAGAAUAUGCCAGCAAUAUCUUUUUCUUUCUGCUGUUGUUUGCCGAUGCAGACCAUCUGCUUUUGUUUGUCUUGAGCACUGGGAUCAUAUCUGUGAGUGCAAAGCAAGCAGGCAUCGCCUUCUAUAUCGUCAUACAUUAGCUGAGUUGACGAACUUGGUGCUCAUGACCGAUAAAGAUGGUUAUGGGGAAGGUAAUAGUAGACCUGCGCUGAUCCAAAAUUCUUGUUCAAGUGAAAUGAGUGCAUUAUCAAAAAAGGUGAAAGGGGAUCAUGCUACUUUCGCCCAACUUGCAGAGCAGUGGCUUGCACGUUGUUCCAGUAUCAUCCAAGAUCCAUUUUCUAGGGAUAUUUACUGUAAAGCCUUGAAGGAAGCUGAACAAUUUCUUUGGGCUGGUUCUGAAAUGGAUCCGGUCCGGGACUUGCAAAAGAGAUUGUCUGAAGCUAAGAAGUGGGCCGAAGGUGUACGAAGUUGUCUUCGCAGGAUUGUAAACUGGUCAAAUGAUCUCAAAAAUGAUUUAGAAAAAAUUGACCUUGAAAUGGUUGAUAAAUUGUUGACUGUCAGUCCCGCACCUUGCAAUGAGCCUGGACAUCUUAAAUUGAAGGAUUAUGCAGACAAGGCAAGGAAGUUGGUUGAGGAAAUCAAGUCUGCCCUUUCAUCUUGUUCAGAGAUCUCCGAGUUGGAAGCUGUUUGGUCGAGAAGCUGCCAUUUUCCAAUACAUGUUAAGGAGAGUGAGGAAAUAAAAGAGAGAGUUUCUUCAGCGAAGGUUUGGAUCGAAAGUGUAAGAAUAUGCACCUUGGAGAGACGUCCUGAUGCAGUCGAGAUUGAUGAUCUGUGCAAGUUGAAGUUACAGAUAUCUGAGCUUCAAGUAUCACUCCCGGAGGCAGAGAAUCUUGUGGACCUAGUAACACAAGCAGAAUCUUGUCGUGCUAGAUGCGUGGAACUUUUAAAAGGUCCCAUGGCGUUGAAGGAUGUUGAGAUUGUUGUUCAGGAAAUGGAUAGGUUCCCUGUUAUUAUCCCAGAGUUACAGCUUCUGAGGCAAUACCAUGCAGAUACUGUUUCUUUAAUCUCUCGCUUUAAAAACAUUCGGGAUAAUGUUCAUGAACGGGUUGAUCAGGAUUCUGUGGUUGAUGAAUUGAGAAGCAUCUUAAGUGAAGGAGCAUCUCUGAAGGUUCAAGUUGAGGAAUUACCUGCUGUUGAGCUUGAGUUGAAGAAGGCUUGCUGCAGGGCAGAGGCUCUGAAGGCAUGCAGCAAUAAAGUGUCACUGGACUUCCUUCAACACAUAAUAGUAGAGGCUACUAUACUGCAGAUUGAGGGGGAAGAUUUAUUUGUGCACAUUGCCAGCAUUGUUAAUGCUGCUAACCUUUGGGAAGAAAGUGCCGCACGGAUUCUAGCGAGUGAGGCUCCAAUGUUCCAAUUUGAGGAUAUUAUGAGGUAUUCAGAGCGUAUAGAUGCAAUUUUACCUUCUCUUGGAGUUGUUAUGGAUGCAAUAACAACAGCAAAAUCCUGGUUGAAGAGUUCUAAGCCAUUUUUGGACUAUGCCCACUCUGCCAUGCGCUUCUCAGGUUCUGCGCUGAAAGUUGGUGCCUUGAAGGAACUUGCUGCACAGUCAGAGCUUCUUAAGAUUUACUUAGAAGAACGUAGGACGCUCGAAACAAUUGUGAAGAAACUUGAAGAAUGGGAGAUUGAAGCUGGUUCUUUGCUGAGGAGUAUGGAGUGCCUGUUUGAUAUGAAUGAUAUUGACCUUGCAGUAACUGAAGUGCUCUUAUGUAAAAUGGAAGGUCUCCUGAGCUCAGCAGAUGCUGUUAUAAGAGACGGGCUGUCUCUUGGUUUUGAUUUUCCUGAAAUUCCUACGCUCCAAAAUGCACAGUUAAAGUUGCAAUGGUGCCAUAAGGUCCUGUCUUUGGGCUCUAGAUGCCCGUCAGUUCAGGAGGUCAAGACAUUGAUGGAGUUUGCUGAGCGGAUCCCAGUUACUCGUGCUCCUGGUACUUUAUGUAGUGCAUUGAUUGAUGGGAUGGGGUGGGUUAAGAGAGCAGUGGAAGUAAUUCAUGCACCGUCAACUUAUAGAAGCUGCAGUUUAGGAGAUGCUGAAGAAAUUAUUUCUGAAUGUCAGAGGAUCUGUAUUUCCUUCCCCGUUAUGGUUUGUCAACUUACAAAUGCUAUUCAGAAUCAUAGGUUGUGGCAAGAGCAAGUGCAUCAAUUUUUCAGUAAAACAACUGGUGAACGCACGUGCUCUCAAUUGUUACAGCUUAAGGACAGAGCGAAGGAUGCUGCUUUUAAUUGUUUAGAGCUUGAGAUAGUUCUAUCAGAGAUUGAAAAGGUGGAGAAGUGGAAGAGCCAUUUCAGGGAUACAGUUGGGUGUUUAUUUGGUGAUCUGUGUUCCUUUAUCGAGGUUAUAGACAAGGUCAAAAUUACCCUAGAUAGAUCCUUGCACAUAUUUGAUAAGUCAAAAGGUUGCCAAAUGCAAAAUCUAUGCAUGAGCUGCUCCAAUGCUUUUGUAGAUUCCGCAUCUCUAGCAUGUGCUACAUGCAAGGACUGCUAUCAUCUGCAGUGCCUACAACCUGCCCUUGGCAAUAAAAAACAACUUGAAGUGUUUUUGUGUCGUUUUUGCCAAUUCUCAAAUGGUGAUCUGAUAUCUCCAACUGACGAGGGUCAACCGCAAGAUGAAGUGAUGCGUCUCGAAUUAAAUCUUCUGGAUGAACUUUUGUAUCAGGCUGAGGAUCUGUGCGUAUGGAUUAAUGAAAGAGGCCCGUUACAGGAACUUCUUGAACGUGCUCGUUCAUGUAAGGCAGGCUUAAUUCAGAUAUUGGAUUUCGUGUGGGCUUAUAUAGGUGAAGACCUCAAUAUUAUCUCUGAAAAGCUUACCACGGCUCUAAAGGCUGUGACAGUGGCUCGUGUACUUGAUCGAGACAGCAACCGCAGGCUUGAGCUAGCAUUGGCAAGUUAUUCAUGGAGAGUUAGAGCCCGCAAUUUAUGUGAAGGAUCAUAUAAGCCCAGUAUCCAACAGAUUCGACUAUUGUUGAAAGAGGGAAUGGCGAUCAAUAUGCCUUCUGAGGAUAACUUCAGGAGAAAGCUUGUUGAGUUGGAGUAUAUUGGCCAGAAGUGGGUGAAUGUUGCCAGCAAGGUUGUGAGAGAUGAUGGAGCUCUGGGCUUGGACAAAGUUUUUAAGCUGAUCUGGGAGGGUGAAAAUUUGCCCGUAUGCGUCAAGAAGGAACUGAAGAGGUUAAGAUCUCGGAGCAAACUUUACUGCAUAUGCCGAAAGCCGUACAGGAGAAACAACCAGCGAGUUUGGAUAACCUGUGAUCACUGUGAUGAACUGUACCAUAUCGAUUGCGUUAAGUUGAACUCAGUUCCCAAGUUCUACAUCUGCCCUGCCUGUAAGCCUCCCGUGGGGGAAUGGGAGUUCUCUGCAGAGAAGUCCUCACAUCAUGAAAUUAAUGGACUUGAAGAGCCAAAGACUCCCUCCCCGAAGCACAGAUUGUUGAAGAAGGCGGCGAAACAAGCCGAGUCCAGCAUAGAGAUGAAGUUAUCAGUGGCAGCUGGGAGUCAGAAGAGAAUCUCAUCUUUCCAAGGGAUCGAUCAGUUAUGGUGGCGGAACCGGAAGCCUUUCAGGAGAUCAGCGAAGAAACGGGCUAACUUGGACUGCCUAUCCCCCUUUCUCCGCUCGUAGCUAUAGGAUGACAUUAGAUUAGGGUUUUUUUUCGGUUCAUUGGGUGAUCAAUUCGAUUCAUUGGAUUGAUUCUUAGGGUUAGUUUUCAAUCAUGUGUUCUCAACUCAAAAAAAUAAUGAUGUGGCGCUGUUCCAUUUUACUCGUAUGAUUGUAUCCCUUUGGACUAAACGAACUACACAGGCGUAUCAGAUCUCAUGGAAUCUAUAUAUUAUAUUAAAUAUAAGGAAAAAGACAAAAACUUCCCUUGGGGUUUGUGAUC